GAACUUUACGUAGAUGUUUUAGUCAACAAGCAGGAAUACGGUUAUCAUUAUACCGUGGAUUAAUAACUUUAAUGAAUAUUCAACAAAAUUUAAAGCCAAUGGUUUUUGAUAUAUUAUAUCCUCAAUUUCAACAAUAUUUCAUAAUGGAAACAAAUGUUCAUGCAAAUAUUAAAAUUGAAUCAUGUUUGCAAACGAUUAAUGGAGAGGUAAGUAUCUUGGAACCUUUACCGUAUUUUUUAGCUUGUAUUAUUCAACUUCGUGACUGUAAAAAUGUCAUCGAAUGUUUAAUAGAAAGAUUAAUGAAUGCUGAUAUGUCCGAAUUUAUGAUAGACCCAUCAGCUGAUUAUAAAAUGGUUAAUAAUGAAGGUAUGCGAAAUAAUUUAUCGGCAAAUGUAUUAUUAGGAUGUUAUGAGGUAGCAAUAGAACACGUCUUCUAUUCAUCACCCGAACCGAAUUUUUGUACAUCCGAAAAAAUUCUUAAAUUAUUUAAGAAAUAUAAUAUCUUAUUUGAAGUGAUUAAAGAGAAAUCGGUGAAUCCUCGAGGAC